AUGUCAUGUAAGGGGAAUGCCAUUUUAUCAAAUCAUAUAUGUUUUAAUGAUUAUAAAUCACUAAGUACAUCAUGUGAACUUCAAAUAAAGAAUGGGUUAGGAUGUAUAAUUUGUAAUGACGGAUAUUAUAAAAAAGAUUCUAUUUGCUUUGGUUGUGAAGACCCAAUGGAAACAUGUAUAACCAAAGAUAUAGCAACUAGUUGUAAAAAAGGAUAUUUUCUUGAUAAUGGAAAAUGUAUUAAUCAAAAUGAAUUAAAGAAUUGUAAAGUUAAAACAUCAUUGGGAUGUAGUCAGUGUGAAAAAGGAUAUUAUGUUGAUAAUUUAUAUUGUAGUAAAUGUGAAGAACAUUGUAAAUUAUGUACUAAUACAUAUUGUGAUGUAUGUGAAGAGAAUUAUAUUAGUAUAGAUGGAACAUGUUAUUAUUUUAGAGCAAUAAAUAAAUGUGAAUCAUCUGAUGGAGUAAAAUGUACUAAAUGUAGUUCAGGAUAUACUCCAGAAGGGAAAUAUUGUGCAAAGAAGAAUUUAUGGUAUGUUUGGGUUAUUAUUGUAGUUGUAAUAAUAGUUAUUAUUUCAUUUAUUAUUCUUGGAAUAGUUUAUAAAAGAAUUCAUCAUAAGAUUAAGAAAACAAAUUUUAACGUUAAAAGUAUUGAUUCAAUUUGUCAAACAACUGAUUUGGUAUUUUGUGCACCACAUGUUUUAACAGAUAAACCAGUAAUAGAAUUUUAUGGAGACGAUGAACUAAAAGUAAAACAAACAAAAGAAGUAACAUUUUAUAUUGCUAAUGCUGGAAAAUCAAAAAUUAAAAUUCAACCAACAAUUAUGGAAAAUGAAAAAUAUGAAUUUACUAUUGAACCAGAAGUAGUUGUUUUAAGAAGUCAAGAAGUAGUUGUAUUUAAAGCAGAAAUUACACCAUUAUGUUCCACACAAAUAGAUGACAAAAUAAUAUUUCAUUCAUAUGAUAUUAAAAAAGAUGUUAUGACUGAAUUUUCAAUUGGAUUAGAAUUUAUAACAGAAAGAACAAAUAUUAUUGAUUAUGAUGAAUUAAUAUUUGAUAAAAAAUUAGGUGAAGGUGGGUUUGGAAUUGUUUAUAAAGGAAUAUUUAGAGAAAAUGAAGUUGCAAUAAAAGUAUUAAAAGAUACUGAAAUGACUGAGAAUUCAAUGGAAGAAUUUAAAGUAGAAGUUGAUAUGUUAGAUAAAUUUAGAUGUGAAUAUAUUGUUCAAUUUUAUGGUGCUUGUUUUAUUCCUACUAAAACCUGUAUGGUAACAGAAUAUGCAAAAUAUGGCUCGUUAAAUAAAUGGAUUAAAAAUAAAAAGAAAGUUAGUCAUUAUUUAAAAAUUAAAUUUUGUUUAGACGCUGCAAAGGCUAUUGAAUAUCUUCAUUCAAAUGGUAUUUUACAUCGUGAUAUUAAACCUGAUAAUAUGUUAGUCUUUUCUUUUGCUGAACAAGUUGGAGUUAAUUUAAAACUUACUGAUUUUGGAAGUGCAAGAAGUAUUAAUCGUUUAAUGACUAAUAUGACUUUUACUAAAGGAAUUGGAACUCCGGUUUAUAUGGCUCCUGAAGUUUUACAACAACAACGAUAUAAAACAACUGCUGAUAUUUAUUCAUUUGGUAUUUCAAUAUAUGAAAUUUUAUCAUGGGAAGAAGCUUAUCCUACGUCUGACCCUCGUUUUGUAUAUCCUUGGAAAAUUGCAGAAUUUGUAAUAAGUGGUAAAAGACUAGAAAAACCUACAAAGUUACCUGAUGUUGAAUAUCGUAUUAUCACUGAUUGUUGGAAAGAUAAAAGUGAUGAUAGGAUACGUGCAUGUGAUGCUAUAUCUCGUUUAGAGAAAUUACUCAUUAAAAAUUAA